CAUCCAGAUGUAGACUGCAUUCAAGGUUUGUCGUUAUGGCGUGAAAGUGCAUCGGUUAUCAAUGACGAACUAUUUAAGGGUUAUAGACAAGAUAGAACAGGUGGAGCAGACAAGUCGAAUGAAUUUUCUGCAGGUUACGACUUCUUGAACACAAAUAGGAAUAGUCUUGCCAUUAGCAUUUGGUACAACUCUACCUAUAGCAAUGAUACUGCAUUUUCUGAAAUUGGAUUAUUACGAGUGCCACGCUUGGUGAACAUGGCUUCCAACGCAUACAUCAAACUUCUCAGAGGAAGUGGAGUGGAAAUGCUGCUUGAAUUUGUUAAAGAUAUGCCCAAAGUUGGGACAAAAUUAAAAUUUGACCUGUCUUCUCUUCUUGGUGCACUAUUCUUCACAUGGAUCGUUGAACUACUCUUUCCAGUUAUACUAACAUAUCUUGUGUAUGAGAAGCAACAGAAGCUGAAAAUCAUGAUGAAGAUGCAUGGUCUGAAGGAGCGUCCGUACUGGAUGAUAACUUAUUCGUACUUCUUUGCUCUAUCAGCUGUCUAUAUGAUUGUAUUCAUCGUAUUUGGAUCCUUGAUAGGUCUGCGUUUCUUUACAGCAAAUGACUACAGCAUUCAGAUUGUUUUCUACUUCAUCUACAUAAAUCUGCAGAUUGCACUCGCUUUUUUUACUGCGUCCUUCUUUUCUUCUGUCAAAAUCGCCACAGUGGUUGGUUACAUCUAUGUAUUUGGUUCUGGUUUACUAGGGGCAUUUCUUCUGCGUUUCUUUAUUCAGGAUAAAGGUUUCCCGAAGGGUUGGAUAGUAGUCUUGGAGAUCAUCCCUGGAUUUUCACUUUACCGAGGGUUAUACGAGUUUGGUCAAUAUGCAUUCUCUGGAACUGCAAUGGGCACCGACGGUAUGAAGUGGGCUAAUUUGAGUGACUCAGAGAAUGGAAUGCGUACUGUAUUGAUUAUCAUGGUUGUUGAAUGGGCAAUACUACUCCCAUUGGCAUUUUAUUUGGAUCAAGUCUCAUCAUUGGGUGGUGGACUCCGGAAAAGAUUUCUAAGCUCAUUGAAAUGCUUUAAAAAACGAGCUGUAUCUUUGCGGAGGCAUAGCUUUGGGCGGAUAGGAUCUAAAGUAAUACUUGAAAUGGAGAACCCCGACGCUACUCAAGAAAGAGAGGUGGUUGAGCAGCUUUUGCUGGAACCCACUGCAAACCAUGCUAUUCUAUGUGAUAACAUAAAGAAAGUUUACCAUGGAAAAGAUGGAAACCCUGACAAGCUUGCAGUUCGUGGGUUAUCUCUUGCCCUCCCAAAAGGCCAAUGUUUCGGAAUGCUCGGCCCGAAUGGGGCUGGGAAAACAUCCUUCAUUAGUAUGAUGAUUGGGCUCAUUCAACCUACAUCUGGCACUGCUUAUGUACAUGGAAUGGAUAUACGGACUGACAUGAAAGAUAUCUACACAAAUAUGGGUGUUUGCCCACAACACGACUUACUUUGGGAGACAUUGACGGGAAGAGAGCAUCUCUUGUUUUAUGGGAGACUGAAGAAUCUUAAAGGCGCUGAGUUACUGAAGGCAACUGAUGACUCUCUGAAGAGUGUUAACCUAUUCAAUGGCGGUGUCGGCGAUAAGCAAGUGGGGAAGUACAGUGGGGGCAUGAAACGGAGGCUCAGUGUUGCGAUCUCCUUAAUUGGGGACCCCAAAGUUGUUUUCAUGGAUGAGCCAAGCACUGGACUAGAUCCAGCAUCAAGAAAUAACCUGUGGAGUGUUGUGAAAGAAGCAAAGAAGAACCGUGCCAUUAUUCUUACAACACAUUCAAUGGAAGAGGCAGAGGUAUUAUGUGAUAGGCUCGGUAUUUUUGUUGAUGGUGGUUUCCAAUGCAUUGGAAACGCAAAAGAGCUGAAAGGAAGAUAUGGUGGAACCUACGUGUUCACAAUGACAACAUCUUCGGAACAUGAACAGGAGGUUGAACAGCUGGUUCGCCGUUUGUCGCCAAGUGCAAACAGGAUAUAUCACAUAUCUGGAACACAGAAAUUUGAGCUGCCAAAGCAGGAGGUGAAGAUAGCAGACGUUUUCCGUGAAGUUGAGAAUGCAAAAAGCCGUUUCAGCAUACAUGCUUGGGGCCUCGCUGACACCACUUUGGAGGAUGUCUUCAUUAAGGUUGCCAAGGGAGCACAAGCAUUCAAUGAGAACGCGUAACUAGUAGGAUAUCCGAUUUAUAGGUGAUUAUUAUUUUUUCCUUUGUCAAGAAAUGUAUGGUGUAUGAUGCCUGUUUGAACUUUGCUGUAUUUUUGCUUAGUAUGUCUCUUGAGGUGUAAAUUUAGUAUCUUAUAGCUGAAUAACUCAAAUUAACUUGUAAAUUUGGCAAAUAGAAUGUACCACAUAUGUCCAUAUGUUGUAUAAUUUAGAAAAUCGAAAUACCUUUUUACCCUAAA